GACCGUCUGUCUUCACUAACAGAUAACGCGACGCGACACCUUCAUUUUCACCAUUUUCAAUUAAUUACGAAUUGCCAACGCCAAUUGGGGAAUUCGAAGGUUGCUUGCUAUCGUUGGCUCAUAUUCUAUUUGUUUGCAAGUCCGGACUGAUAAAACGUCUUACAAUUGAUCUUACCUUUCCAACCAUGAAUGAUGCUCCUUAAUUACGCACAUAUACGUUCCUAAUAGCUACAAUAGCUACUCCGUAUAUCAACUUCUGCUACAAAAAGACGGAAAAAUCCUAGGCAAGACCAUGGUCUGGCUUAUCAUUACCCUGACCCAACCACUACUUUAUCAUGGCCCUUUUACAUAGCCGUCCUUCAUCUUUCUCUUCUGGGAUUUCGGAUGAAUUUUCUGACGAAUUUGCCUCUCAAGACUCAAUACAUUCAGUCGCCAUGGCUUCACCUGAACCACCCCUUUCUCAAAGUCUAAUCGAGGACCGUGAUAAAUACUCCGAUGACCACAUCCGAAUUUUGCAUCAAAUUGUGGUUCGGGCUGAAGAGAUCUUGUCUGAUCUCACGCCCUCUUCUCGCCUGCCAACUCAUGCCUUGUUUAAGGCUUACGAUGAAAUCCUUCCCGAGCAUGGGAUUGACCCGGAUGAAGACCAACUCAUCAGCAAGCUUGUUUUUAGAAUUGGAGGCGUUAAAAACACUGACUCGUUGAAGGAGAAGUUUAAGAUCAUUAUGGCCCGCAUGGAAAUUACUGUCCAGGAAGAUGAUUUUCAAGUGCACGGUAGUGAUGGUGGUGAUGUUUACGCAAAUUCCGUUGCCGCCUCUGACGAUUAUUCUAUCGCCGGUGAUACCACAAACCGUCUUCUCAUUGCGGAAAAGAAUGCCCACAAAGAAUCACUCCGCGCUGUCAACGGUGUACGAACCGACGAUGGAUAUGUUGUCUUGAGACGUGGUGAUAACUACCAUGGCAAUAUGAAUGGCCAUACGCCUAGCGAGGAUGAUUCUGCUGAAGCUUCUAGGAUAGAACAACUCCUUGAAAGCAGUGCAAUUGCCUUCCAAGAGAAGCACCAUAGCAAGUUCUCCACCAUGAGCACUUUUCGGCAAUGGCAAAAAAAGUCGGGUUACAUCUCCAACCUAUGUGAUCAAUUUGAUGCUGCUAGGCAGGCCGACCUAGAGGAAGACGCCGAGGCUAAAUUCAACACCUGGAGAGCCUUGGCUGCUGAGGUGGAAAACUUACCGCCGCAAUACCUCCCGCCUGGUGUAUGCUCGAAACGAAUUGAAGAAAUUGCACUCCGGACCCAUGAGAUUCACAUUGCGAAAACUACAAUCAGACGUUGGCGGCAUAAUGUGGCAGAGCAAAGGCGCAGAGCUCGAGAAAUUGAGGAGUCAUUGGAUCCCCUCGAGCGCGUUGCAUUAAAAGCACAUAAAUAUGUGAUGUUGUCACGUGCAUUUACCGGGUGGUCCAACCGUUUGGAAGAAGAAACAAAACGAGCUCAAAUGGCUGCUAAACUGUACGAAAUGAGUUUGAAGUCUAAAGCUUUUGGGGUUCGACAGCAGCAAACCGAGGAUGUCUCCGCUGGCGGGACUAGUGGUGCUCACAUUGCCGGUUCUAAUGAGGCCCCGAAGCCCUCGCUGGAUAUCGUAAAUACGAUGUCUAACGUUGUCGAUAAUGCCGGGUCGUCUAAAGUUGCGAUUGACCCCCGUGAGAGGAUCUCUCCCGGUAUUCAUGAGAAGGAACUUCCUUACAAUGACCCUGCAGAUUCACAUGAUGAGAUGGACGAGAUAACUUUACUUGCACGACGACAUAUCCUCCGCAUGCGCUACUAUGAUGUUUGGGAGAAGUACACAAUGGACCAUAUAAACAAAAUUAAAGAGUUCACUGCUGGCCAACAGAAUGAACGUCUCGCUGAUGCAAUCCCUAUGUGGCGUCUGCAAGCUGAACAAGCUUCUCGGGGACGACAGAUCUUACGAUACAAUGCUAAAAAAGCUAACUACUAUAAUAAAGUGGCCAGGACACUAGACAUGUGGAGACAAGAGAGCCAGGACAGGAUGCAAGGACAAGAUCUAGUGCUCGAGGAUUAUGCUGAGCGAGCUAAUUUUUACUACAAAGCUACCAAGACAUUGCCUAUCUGGAGAAAUGAGACGGAACGUGCCAUCCAACAGCAGAAAGUCCUCGAGCUUUAUGCGGGCCGAGCUGAAUAUUACUACGGGGUUACGAAAUCGCUUCCCGUUUGGCGAACACAAGCGCAAGAGGCCGUCCAACACGAAGAGCAAACACUUGCGCGAUAUGCCGAGCGAGCCGACUACUAUUACAAGGCUCGAGAUACACUAUUUGCGUGGCACGACCUUGCUAAGCAAAAGCGCAAGCAGAGGUUGAAAGAGGCGCACCUGGAAACUCGCCGAAUUGUGAAGAAAGGUAUGGGCAAGCGAUGUAUUGCGCAAUGGCGUGAAAAACUGCAGCCAAGUCUCGAGCAAUAUGAGAUGAUGGAUGCAAUUUUGGAAGAUAUUACUGCGGACCAAGAAUGGGGGCAAUGUGUGGAGGCAUUCGAUGUUUGGCGCGAGAGAGCAUGUGAACAGAACGAAAUGGCCAUUAUGAGCGAUACAAUGGUUAAGGGGAGGAUUUUAGAACAAUGGAGGGAUCAGUCAGCACAUCAGCAAGAAUUACAAGCUGAAGCUGGAGAAUACUGGAAAGAGAAAGCUUUACCGCAAGUGCUGAAGAAUUGGAACCUCAGAUCUCUCCAAACACCAAAUUGGCCGCUCAUAGUAGCCAACGCCCUGGAGAAGAAGGAUAGAAAGUUGUUGCGAACAAGCUUCGAAAAAUGGUAUAGUCGAACAGCAGAUAAGCUUGUCCCAGUUGAGUUACCCGACGGAGGUUACAAAAGUAUAGAGCAAAUUGUGGAAGACGCCCAGCAUCAGGCGUCGUUAAACCAAGCACGGGGCUUAUUCGACAAGUGGAAGGCUGCUGCGGGUUCUAAAAGCGAGAAUAUCCCGCCAGAGGUCUACACGCCGACGCCAGGGAGACCACAAAUCUUCCUAGGAAACCUAAGUAGACGAGAGACGACGACACCUCUGGCACCUGUACCUAGCCGAUUGAAUUUUCGGGUCAGUGAGACGGCUGUUAGGGGUUCAGCAAUGGGAGGUAGGGCUAGUCGUUCUGGCCGCCCGGCAAGGAACUUGAGGGUUUCAUGGGCGCAAUAGUUCAUUAUUUCCAAAUUGUUGGCGUUACGGAACGGAAUAAGCGUUUGAUACAUGACAAACCCACAGUUUUGUAUGGGAGGUUAUGAUUAUAUAUGUAUUGUGAUACCCCAUUGGUCUGUCGAUUCGAAGAGUUCGAAUGAUACCCAAAAUAGAAUAAAUAUAAUAUGAAAUACAGCA